GACACCUCCUUGUCUUAGUCUCUUCCAGCUGGAACACAAAAGCUUCUCUGAAUACUGAGCACUGGGUGAACAUACAUAAAGUCUACGAGGGAUAUUCGGAGGAAAAAACAAGAGGAUUUUCACAAAGUUCAGAAUCUACAUGUUUGCUGAAACAGUCUGGAGCAAUGGAGUCUCCAGAAUUUUCCACGCUGUCAUCCUCGAGGGGAGAGUUUAAAUCAGAGGAUUAUAUCCAGCCCCACUACAAAGAGACAUAUCGCCUGGCGAUUGAUCGCCUGGUGAGUGACGGCAGAGACAGUUACCAGGAGUUUCUCAAGAUAGAGCGUAUCGGGAGCUUCCUGUCGGAGGAUGAGCUCCUUUUUAUCACGUCAAAUGCAGAACAGCUCCCACCUCAAAAACACACAGAGGAAAAAGAUGAGCCACCGGACAGCCAAUCAUCAUCAGGGACCUACUGGCCACUCCACUCCGAUGUGGACACGCCGGAUUUGGAUUUAGGGUGGCCGGAGGUCAUUCAUGAAAAACUACAGACAAAUAUUGAUCUGCUCUUUCAUCCACCAAGACAAAACAACCCCAGUAUCAAAGACAUGAUCCGUAAGCAUAUUCAGGAUGCAAGACAGGUCGUUGCCAUUGUGAUGGACGUGUUCACUGAUGUCGACAUAUUCAAAGAGAUUGUUGAAGCCAAUGUGCGAGGAGUUGCAGUUUACGUGCUUUUGGAUGAUUCGCAUUUGAAAUGUUUCCUCACAAUGGCAGAAAAUCACGAUGUUAAAAUUCAACAACUCAGAAACAUGAGGGUGCGCACUGUGAAAGGUCAGGAUUACCUCUGUCGAUCAGGAGCAAAAUUUCAUGGCGCAAUGGAGCAGAAGUUUCUUUUAGUCGACUGCCACACAGUGAUUUAUGGCUCAUACAGCUUCACUUGGUCAUUUGAGAAGAUUAAUCUGAGCAUGGUACAGGUCAUCACAGGCCAUCUGGUGCAGAUGUACGAUGAGGAGUUCCGAACCCUCUAUGCCCGGUCGACUGUGCCAGCUAAACUGGGCCUUCCGGAGUGCUCCAUCCAACACAACGGGCCUAAUGGACAACAGAUUUUACCAGCAUCUCAUUCUGCCCAGAAAAUUGAGCGGAGGGAUGUGCUAAGGCACACACUGGACACUGUCUAUCGGAAGACCUGUGAGAGGAAACUGGGCCUGAGAGACUAUGAGGAGAGGCUCUUAGAAGAGGAACCAAAGAACCAUGGGCCUACAGAGGCGAUGAACCACUUGAAAAGGCACAGCUAUGCAGGGGAGAGACAAGAUGUAUAUACGCCACAGAACAUCCAGCCCAGGGCAAGCCACUGGAAUAUCUCCAGAGAAACAGGAAACAGAAUAAACUAUCCCACGGACAAUUAUGUGCCACAGAUAUACAGAGGUCAAAACAUUUAUAACGACAGUGACAAACACAUUCUGUCCAUGCAGCAGAAUACGCCAACACUGGAGAAUACAUCAAAGUCAUUCAUGCGCACAUUGCGGAUCGAAUCUUACCUCAACAACCCUGACGUCCCAUUUGGAGACUCUUCUGACUAUUUAGACCAGUUUGAACCAAUGGACAGAGCUGGUUCUUUGAUGCAGGGACGAACUAGGUCUUCCUUUGUUUUAAGGCCAACUAUACCAGAGCACAUGGAGCCAAAUAGAGCAGCACCACACACUUCUCUGCACUACACAUCGAUGCAGUGGAAUCCAACAGCAGCUUGUGAGAAUAGAAUAAAUAAUGACGAAUUCAUAAUGAAGAGUCAAAGUUCACAGAUUUUGGAUGACAAUCGCAAUAAUGCAAGCUAUGGUCCAGGAAGGAACCCUUACCAAUCUCCUUAUGCCAGUUUAGGCCGAGCUAAAGGUGGACAUAUGAUGACAAACCCUGACAUCCUGACAGACAGUUGGCAAAAAAGGCAUAGCCUGGCAGAUCCGAGAUCAAACACAGAGUACGGACAUGAAUCAUCAGGUCACAUGUACGGAGCUUUUGCAAGGAUGCCCAUUAAUAGGAGCACAGCAGGGAUCAACGCUCAGAAUGGUGCAUAUGUGUCAAAUCUGAAUGACGAUCAAAGAUCUGUCUCUCAUUAUGAUGUCAAGAAUAUCAAAGGUACAAAGAGCCCCGGUACCCCCAACUGGCUGGACUCACCAUGUAGGACUGUGUCUGCAGCAGCACUGGAUGUGAAAAGCAGGGAUUUGAUGGCUAAACCAAACAGCAAGGGCUCUCAACCUUUACCCCAGAAGGGCUCCAGGAACAUUCAAUCCAUGCUGAACAUACCAGAGAAAAAAGAGGGUUCAGUCAGGAACAUUGAAACGUUGAGUAUCACCUCAGGUGCAAGUACAGACACUUUAACAGCUGAGGAUGAGGUGAAACAAUCAGAUGGAUUUGGAAGACUCCACAGAAACAAAUCUAGCCCAGUCAGGUCCUCCUCAGAGCACCAAAGGAAGUGGUCAAAGGACGGACAUCCAAACUUUACGAAACCGCAGCUGACGACUGAGGAGCACAAACAUUCCCCGCAGGUCUCUCGCCCCGAUACAACCAGACAGCAGAAAUCCACCCCUCUGGACAAAAGUGUGAGGCCCAGCCUUGACACAGGCAGCUGGACAAAAAGCAGAGGAGCAGAAAGUCGCCUGUAUAGCAGGUAUGAGCCGUUCUCCUCAUUGGAAAAGAAACACUCUCUGCACUCUCCACACGGCUUUGGAAACACACGUUCCCAGGAGAAAAACAAAAGCCCUCCUAAAGCUGAGGCAGAGGCCGACCUCAGCCGGGCUACACGAGGACUCCAUGAAAAUAAGCUGGAGAAAUUUUUUCAUAGAGUGGGGAAUCUCAUACACAAGAACAAAUACUGACUGCUGCAUUUACAGAACACAUGAUCUGCAUGGGUCUCGUCAAUAAUGACUAACGGGCACACGGGUAAUAUUAAUAUUUGAAUCAAUGACUGGAUAUAAAGAUGGACGACAUGACAGCUCCCUAACAAUGAAGCCAAAUCUUUUUGAUCGUCCUCUGGUGGCUGGCUGCAUUGUAGGUCAUAAACCCGUCUACUCCAUGUUAGGAGAGAUGAACCAAACUAAAAAGUCUAUGUACACAAUAAGUACAUUUUUCUCAAAGUCGUUUUCUCUCAUUUAAGUCACUCUCAUUACACAAGUUUGUUUUUAAUUCGUUAUUAGAUAAAAACAUGAUAAAACUUCAUGAUUGACAACUAAGACUGACCUGUGAUUGGUUGAGCUUGUGUAUCAGCAGGACCUUGACACUUUGGCUCCAUACAACGAUAACUACUGCACAAACUCUGGCUCCAAAUUAUGUCAAAAGCGCAUGAUCUGGGAUAUUUUAGUUUCAUUUUUGCACAACAGGAGGAAGCGAAGAUGCAUCGUCCAUCGUUAUUUAUAGUCUAUGAUUUGUAUCAAUGGCCUUUAUUUCUGUGUUUACUUUGCAAAGCACUGUUUACACGUCGUUGUCUGCUUCUUUAACUCUCAUGCUGUUUUGAGUUAGCUUUUCACUAGCUUCAAUCAAGGUAAUGAAUUCUAAUGCUGUCAAAAGAUGUUUUGGAUGCUCUGAAUAAUAGCUGUGUGAAAAUAUCCGAGGUCUGUACAAUUUGUUACUGAAAUGUAAAUGUGUACGCAUACCGAUGUGCUGAUGUGUUUCAUCAGAGGAUUCUGACCUCGUCUUUUAGGUAUGUUAAGGUAAAGCUGUUGCAUAUACCUUCAACACAAAAUCUAACCAGUGCUCCUUAUGAUGGAAAACAUAUCUGUACAUAGUCACAUCCUUGAUAUUUAUGUGCCUGACAGAGGUUUUAUGAAUGCUAUGGGGGUUGCAAUAAAAAAAUGUAAUGUAAUCCAAUGACUGAAGCUUUCCUCUUCAAGAGAAAUCUUCCAUCAAAGGUUUUGUUUUAUGUAAUGAAAAUUGUGUGUCAGAGAAAGGCAAGCUUUGACUGUUAUCUUAAUAAAAGAUACAGGAAAUUAGAGAUGACCUUGAGCAUCUGGGGGGUAGCUUCAAAAGUUAUUACAGCUAAUGUUACAUCCUAUAGAAAACAUAAAAGACCAAAUAAUUCAAACAUUCAAAUUGGUUUGCAUUAAUAAUAGAAUAUGUUCUUGGACUUUAACAAAAACACAUUAUGUGCACAUGAGCAUCACCCACAGCUCAACAUAGGCUAGAAAUAAUCCAAACAAUUCCCCUCAUUAAAAACUGAAACAAUUACAUUUUUGUUUUGGAAUGAGACACCACAGUCUUGUUAGUUUGAGAUGAGAGAGACCUGCGGUGAAGGAGAGUAGAACGUGGUGCGCCCCCAACAGGCUGAACACUUAAUGUACUUAAUAUAAAGCACGCAAUAGCUCAUCUGGUUGAGCGGGUGCCUCAUGCACAGGGGCGUGAGUUCUCCUGCGGCCACGGUAGAUUGUGUUCCAACACGGCUGAUAUGUGAUGCUGAUGAAAUGUUGAUGAAAAUUAUGGGUGACGGCAGGAUGUCCGGGAAUCAUGAAGAUUACAUGCUUUCCAGUAGAGUUCAGCAGAAAAAGUUACAAAUUACAAAAAAGUAUCAAAUCAAUUCGCCACUGUCUCACUGUUCCGCUUUUUGUGGUGAUUACACCAAAGUUAAGAAGAAGAAAAUGACCUGUUAUCAGGAGUAACAGCUCCCUUGAGCAACGUUUUGACUCAACAAAGAUCGUCUUGGCAACUGAUUGUUAUAAAACAACGGUGAGAGGAAGCUGAAAUAGACCAAAUCAUGAUCACAGGCAAAACACACACUCCAGCUUAGAGCUCAUAAUAAACUGUCAAAAACACACAAGCAAAAACAUUGUCAUGCUUAUGAGAAACAUUUAAUCUUUAAGUUUUAAAACUUUAGUGUAAAAGUUUACUUUUAAGGGUCUAUGGUGUUAAAACAAAUGUUCAAAAGCAGUGACCGAUCUUUUGCAGUCACGGCUCCUCAGCUCGGAAACACUCUGCCGGAGGAUCUGAGGCUUGCUAGAUGUAUCUAGUCACAGUUGGUGGGAAUCUGCCACUUAUAUGAAAAUUGCAGUCAUUACAUUGCAUUAGUUUCCUUGCAAUUAUUAUUUUCUAAUUAGCACAGAUAUGUGAUUAAAGACAGCAUCUACGGAAGCAAACCUCUUGAUUUUUAUAGAAUAUUGUGUAUGAAGAAAAAAAAUUAAGAUAUUAUUAU